ACUAGGAGUGAUAAUGAGAGGGUGAGAGCAGACGACCACUACCUGAGGCCUCCACCAUCACCCACCUGGGACGUCUACUCCUGUUAAUUAUAAUCCCACUAAGUCACCUGGACACGGAUAUGAAACUUACUGAAUGAAAAUUGUUACUUGAAGACUUCAUAGUUAUUGAUUGUAUAUUAUUUCUGCGGAAGAUUUUAAGAUAAAUGAAUUAUAUCGUAUUUUUUUAACACUACCUGGAAAGUUAGUUGAUUGGAAAGGAAAAUAAAAAGUGAAUUGAAGUUGUAGAUAAGUAUAGUAACUGAGGACUCCCGGCUUUAGGCUGCAACAACUUCGUCUUGUUAUUCAGUUAAAAGGUGCAUGAUGAGUGAAGAGUGUGAUGUCGUUACUCCAUUGGAGCCACUCACUCCAUCCUCUUGUGGUGGAAUUUCUGCCUCUUCCUCUUCAGAAUUUGCUUGCCGGAAGUACUACCGUGAGGCUCCACACAGAGUAUUCGUAAACCGGAGUCUACACCUCGAGAAAAUCCGCUUCUAUGGCUUCGACAUGGACUACACUCUGGCAGAGUACAAGUCACCACAGUAUGAGACUCUGGGAUUCAACCUCCUCAAGCAGAGACUCAUCCACAUAGGUUACCCGGAGGAGAUUUCAGAGUUCGAGUAUGAUUCCACCUUUCCCACCAGGGGACUUUGGUUUGAUCGCCUGUAUGGAAACCUGCUCAAGGUAGAUGGCUUUGGCAACAUCCUGGUGUGUGUCCAUGGAUUCAAGUUCCUCAAGCCAUCAGAAGUUCAUGAAUUGUAUCCUAACAAAUUCAUCCACCUGGAUGAGUCCAGGAUCUAUGUGAUGAACACUCUAUUCAAUCUCCCAGAGAUCUACAUGGUUGCCUGCCUUAUUGACUUCUUCAGUAACUCUCCGCAGUAUGUUAAGUUGACAGAGGGCAUCAAGUCUGGAGACCUUUAUAUGAGCUUCAAAAGCAUUUUCCAGGAUAUUAGGGGAGCCGUUGACUGGGUUCAUAUGAAGGGGAGCCUGAAGAAGAAAACUGUGGAAGGUGUUGAUUUAUAUGUCCACAAGGAUGAGCGUCUGCCACUACUCUUGGACAGGAUGAGGGACUCGGGAGCCAAGGUCUUCCUCCUCACUAACUCAGAAUACUGGUACACAAAUGCCAUUAUGGAAUAUCUUCUCAGUUUCCCCGACAAGAAUGGUGACAUAAGAGACUGGAAAACAUACUUUGACUUCGUAGGUGUUGAUGCGUGCAAGCCAGUAUUUUUUCUUGAUGGGACAAUUAUGAGACAAGUAGAUGUUGUCACUGGGGCUCUCAAAUUAGGUACACAUACUGGCAAGUUAAAAAUAGGACAAGUGUAUUCUGGAGGAAGCUGCGAUGUCUUCACAGAUCUUAUUGGAGCUAAAGGGAAGGAUGUGUUGUAUGUUGGUGACCAUAUCUUUGGUGAUAUUUUGAAAAGUAAAAAGAUUCGGGGAUGGCGCACCUUUUUGAUAGUGCCUGAGUUGGUUCAAGAACUCCAUGUGUGGACUGAAAAGUGCUCUCUCUUCACCAAACUUCAAAGUUUGGAUGUUAUGCUGGGAGAUCUCUACAAAAACUUGGACUCGAGCACAUAUGAGAGACCAGAUUUAACUAAAGUUAGAGGAGCCAUCAAAGAAGUUACACAUGAAAUGGAUCUGAGUUAUGGUAUGCUUGGAUCAGUCUUCAGGUCUGGCUCUAGACAAACUCACUUCUCUACACAAGUGUCAAGAUAUGCUGAUGUAUAUGCAUCUACUCUUCUAAACCUGAUAUACUAUCCCUUCAGUUAUAUGUUCCGUGCCCCUGCCAUGCUGAUGCCCCAUGAAUCAACAGUGGCACAUGAACAACGAUUCCAAGUUGGGGAUGGUCCAGUUUCAACUCGUUCAAGAGCAUCUAGUAUUCAAGGUGACAAUGUAGAUCAUAUACAAUCCAAGAGGUCAAAGAUUAGGGCUCUGGAGAGAGCCGAGUCUCUGGUGCCACACGUCCGGGCUGAGACACCAAAGCGAGUAACACAUCACCACGAUGAAGAUGACUCUGAAGAAGAGAGUGACAAGUCUUCCUAAGCUGCCUCCACAUGUUAGGUGGUGUCAUUAUUCUUAUACUUUACACUUUUUUCCAUAACUAAAGAGUUCAGAUUACUUAAUUCAGAUGUACAGUAUUCAGAAGGGAUAUUUUGAAUAGUUGAAAAACAUGUUUGUCAUAACUUAAAAUCUUCUUUAUGAAUUACACAUGUAUAUUAAUAGAACACAUAGAUAGGUCUUAUUUCAACUUAUCUUGUGUAUUUGAUCUUAUUAUAGUAUGCAGAGUUUCAUUUAAUAGCUUUAUUAGUUAUACGAAGACAAAUAUAUUUGUGAAAUACAGUAGAGUCUCGGUACUGUACAGGACAGUAAGGCCUCUACUUAUGUUGUGGAUGUGUUCCUAGAAAGCUCUACAUUAGCACAUAAAUUGUUACAGUAUAUAUUUUCUAAGAGACUAAGUACAUGUAUUAUAAAUGGAGAAUGCUUUCUUGGGGGUAUAUUUUGGUGAUAAUUUACAGAAAGAAAUAUUAAAUAACUACCAUACCAGAAGAGAUACAGUAGUGUAGCAAGUAUGCACAAACAUAAAUAAUACCACACCUUUACUGGUAUGUGCUAAGAAAAAACAGUAAAUAUUGAAGAUUGAAGUUGGAAUAUACUGUAUGUGCAGUACUGCAUGACAUCCUUGCUGUACAGUACAGGAGUUGAGGUGUGCUUUGGGCUCUCUUAAUUGAUGUGUUGUUCCAGGUGAGUCAGGCUACAGCUUGUUGGCAGAGAUGUUAACUAAUUCAAUUCUUAUGGUGUUUUCUUUUUUGUAUAUAUUAACUAAAAAUUUAAACUUUUCAAGAUAAAUUAUCAAAUUGUAACACUUAAAUCAAAGGAAGUAAAGGCGAGCAACAAUUAUGUUAAAAUUAUAUGAAUUAAUGUUGCUUGGCAGUAACAAUACAGCUGGCAGACAUUGAGCCAAAAGCAUUUUUUUAUCUUAUUUCAUAUUAAUAACAAAACAAAUAUAACUAAGCCUUAAUUAUGCAUGGAAAUAUGCUAUGUAUUGAGUAAAUAAAAUUUUAACACACCAGAAAUGGCAAAGGAAAUUGUCUGUAGAGGCUGCUUAAAAUAGUGGUGGCAAUUUAAAUUGGAAUUUGUUCCCUGACAUGUCAGCAGUAGUUGAGCAAAAUUAACUACUUAGGAGUGAUGUAAAUAGAUGAUUUACUGUAUAACACAGUGCUUGGGACCAAACCCACUGUCUAAUUGUGAUUUUCAUGGAAAUUAUAGUAAUCCCUUCCCCAGCCUCCAUCAGUCAGUAGCUGUAUACACACACCCACACAAUGAUAUAUAUGAAACCUUAAAAAGUACAACAUAAUCUUCGAUAAGAAUGUGUCUGCCAUCUUUCAUAGCUGGUUUCUGAUUCAUGGAUCAUGAUGGCUGAACACCAUUUUAUUAUAAAUGAGUUUUUGAACCUGAAGACUCAUAGCAGAUCCAGUAAGAAGUAACCUGGAUCUCACCUGCAUCUCCUGGGAUAUCCUCAUGAAUUUACUGGAAUGAAGGGCUUGCCUAGAAUGGAAUAAAUAUUGUGCAUUAAAUUUUAUUGAACCAUUAGAUUGUUAAACUCUGUAUAUUUUUUUUCACCAUCAUUGCAAAAUCUCCCAAACUGCAGUAUUUUGUAACCGGAAUUACUGAGACUCUACUGUAUUUUUUUUAAAUAAUUAUGUUUUAUGUCUUAUGAUUCAAUUCUUCCAAGGGAAGAGUUGUUUAUUGCAACAAUAGUUGAUAUCUAGACAGAGCUCUUAACUAUUUGUUUUAUUAAGAAAUUUUAUUGAACAAGUGAAUUUAUAUUACAUUUUACACUAAUAUUAAAAUAUACCAAUGAAAGGUAAUGUUUGUGUCUAGUACCAGUUAUAUAUUUAGUUCCAUUAUAUAUUUCAUUUAUUUUGUUAUUACUGUUUUAUUAAUUUAUAGAUAUCUGUAAAAAUUAGAUAAUAUAUACCAAUAUAAGUUAUAUAAUGGACAAUAUCCAAUGUAAAUUACCAGUUCCUUUGAAGUCUCUGUUUGUCCUAGUUGACGAGCCAUAAUAGUAAGUUUACUAUUUUCCUUUAUAUUUAGGAAGAGUUUGAGUAAUGUAUUAAGUAAUUUCUUAUAAUUUAAUUAGAAACCAAUUUCUCACCUCUAAAAUGAGCACAGUAUGGUACAGUACUUUGGUAGGGUAUUACAGAACACAUUGUAGCUGCAGAGUAAACUGUAAAGAUGGCAUCUUGAUUUCCCUGUGCAUGUGGCUUUGUACAAAUUCUUCAAAGUUAAACACUGUGACACACAUCUACACGUUGACUGGUGAUAAUAGGUGUUUUUCCCAUUACAGUUUUUUACAACAAUGGUAUAGAAAAGGGGUUUACAUUAUUUUUGCCCUAAUUUCUUUUAUAUAUAUAUAUAUAUAUAUAUAUAUAUAUAUAUAUAUAUAUAUAUAUAUAUAUAUAUAUAUAUAUAUAUAUAUAUAUAUAUAUAUAUAUAUAUAUAUAUAUAUAUAUAUAUAUAUAUUCUCUUACAUUUUAGUGCAGUACAGUAUAACACAUUAAGCCUUUAUGCUCCUAGAUCACAUUUCUUAUACAAUAUAGUAACCUAAUACCCUUUUAGAAUGGUAAUUGAUUAUUAACAAGUUUACCUCAUCUUCUGCUAGGUUAUAACAAAUAUAUUACAUGUACUUUCAAUGUACUCACAAAAUAUAAAUUUAGAAACUCAAAACUGUUGCUGAAGAUAUUUAUCACAUACUGUAGUUUGUUUUAUUGACUGAAUAAUUACUCAAGAAAUUUUUGUUGUACAUUUCAACUGUCUGACACAAAUUUAUAAAGAAAAUUGUGUUCACAAAUUCUGAAGUGUCCAGAGUAGUACAAUGAGAAAUUCACAAGAAAAGCAAAUAAGUUAUUUUUUGUAGGAUGUAAUUUGUUUUUGAGAGAAUACAGGUUGGUCUCGCAAAUUUGUGCUAAUUAGUAUCCUACUGUGACUGAAUUUCCGAAAGGUGUGGAUUUGUGGAACAUAGGAAAAUUUGCUUAUCAUUUGCUAAAAAACUAAAUCUAAUUGAACAACAUAAAUCUUUAUUGUUUCAAACUUACACUCCAAUGCCAUAUUUAUUGGACAGUUCCUUAACACUCAUUCUGCUCUAUAUAGGUGAUGUGGUUCAGAGUUGAACAAUUUAGCGAGCACAAGGUUAGCCUAAUUUGAAAAAAAUUCUGAUUGCAUUAGGUCAAAAUUGAAAAAAAAAAAUACUAUGAUUAACAAUCAAAUUGAUUCAUAGCAUAUCAUAAAAUACAGUUGCACAUAUUUUAUGUACAGAAAUAGCUCCUUCCACACUCAAACCAUCAUCUGGCUGAUAUGACACAUUUCGGCCAGACGGUCACCCAUUUGACUCUGAGGCAUGUGGCUGCAGUCACCUGCGCUUUGUGAUUCAGUUACAGCCCAUUGCCUCAAUACAGAAGUUCACUUCCCACACAUACACACCCAGGUUCUUCACUUUUCUUAUUUUAUAGUUUUAUAUUAUAUUUUGUUUAUUACUAAGUCACAAUAGAGUAUUCUAAUGAUUUUUUAUUUUUCACAAACAAGCAGGGACAAGUGAUAGACAUGGUAAUUGGGGAAUGAUCAUAAAAAAAUGCACAGAUUUGUGGAAAAAUGGACUUCUGAGACACAAAUAUGCGAGGUCAGACUGUACUAACUACCGGUAGAGAUUUAUUGAUAUCAAGUUUAAGAAGAGGAAGUUGUUAAAGGCCAAAUGAAACGAUAUUUUUUUUUUCAAUGUAUAUUUAUCUUUAUAUAAGCCGUUAUGUGUCACAUUUUACAUCUAAUACAAGAGAUGAAAGUGGGCCUUUAGUACCUCGAGAAAUAGAUUUAUGCAGAACAUCUUGACUUGCAAGGUGAAGAAAAAGAGAAGUUGAGUGAGACUAAAAAUAAGAAAAAAUAGAGGAAGUGAAUAACAGGAGGCAGAAUUUUAAGUAAACGUAUAUUAAGCACGAGUCAUCCUGCAUGAGCAAGAGAAUAUUUUAAGGUAAAGUGUUCCCUAUUUCUCAUUAAUAUUCUUAAAAUCUUAACUUAAACUUUUUUUUAGUUGAAAUGUGACUUUUUGUAAUUUACAUUAUACAGUAUAGGAACUGUUUCACUCAGAUUAAGCAGAGUGUAAAACUGUUUUGCUAAGCUGAACUUAUCUAGCUUGACACCCUCAGCCAGGCAGGUCUCAUUAAUGCACAAGUAGUUUGGGGGAUCUAGGAUAGUUGACCACGUCCCCAACUACCAGCUGGGGAUGAUCUUAUGAUUGGCUGCACAUGCAUCUACCCAACCAUUAUGCUAGUCACUAGGGUCACCAUCUUGAUUUCAGAGUCAAUUUACCAUAAGGUGAGAAUAUUAUUUUGUCUUGUAUUUUCUCAAAAGGUUUGUUUACAUUUCCCUGGCCCUCUUGGACUCAACCUGAUGUGUCAACAAGAUAGACCAAACUUUAGCAUGGGGCCUGUGAACCUCAUUAUUGUAAGCAAGUACCUCUGACCCCACACAUAUACACAUUCUCUCUCUCUCUCGCUCUCGAUACAACCCCUACUGGGUUUUCAAUAGAUCUUGAUACAACAUCGCUUUGUUAUUUUGUUCCUUGGGAAUAAUAUGUGCCUACAUGUGAUAUUUAUUGCCAAUUCAUACAUGAACCAUGGAAUUAAGAUGGUAGUCCUAAUGGCAGGCUUGAUGUGUGUACUGUACUGGCAAGGUAUAUACAUACCUAUACUCUAACUAGGCAACCUCCCUAUUAAGGACUAUUUUGUUGACAGGAAGGGAUGGGUAAUCAUAACAUCAGCCCCUUUGCUGCUAGCUGGGGGUGCAGUCUACUGUUAUGCACCCAAAAAUGUCUUUUGUAUUAAUAAGACCUGCCUGGCUAGAGACUCAGUUGGAAUAUAGGAUGUCAGGAUCGCUCCUCCUUAUAUUGAAUGAAAAUUUGGUGUUAAUUUUUUUUUUAAUUAAAAUCAUUGAAUUUAUAAGGAAAAAAACACAUACUGUACAUUUAUAUAUAUAGUAAAUAUAUUUAAGUGAUUAAUUACAUAAUGAAGAUAGAUUACAGUAUGAACCAAAAUCAAUAAUUUGAAAAGGAGGGUAAUUUUUCAACUACUAGACAAUUAAUCCUAACCCUCCCCCCCUCCUCUCUCUUUCUCUCCACUGUUUGGGUUCUGUCUGCUUCUGAUACUACAUUCAAUUUCAAAGAAAAUAAAGAGCUACUGUAAUGUCAUAAUGUUGACAUCACCAUUUUUGGUCUAGUUUUUGCUUUUAGCCGAGUAGCCUUAAACAGAUGAGCAUUUGUAUUAGCUCACGGUGCUCUGUUUAUCGUAUUAUGUGUACUGGAUUUGUGAUAUACUCCCUGUGCAAUUUUUUAUAAAAUUUAGAGAUAAACUAUAGCAUGGUAACUUUUGAUAACAUGGUUUAUGAGAAGAGGGGUGAGUGUUUGUAUUCUGCUUGAAUCUGCUAUUAGAAAAAUUUAAAACUUGAAUAGAAUUUGUGCAUGAUGUAUGGUUUAAGUACAUAAGUGAUGUAGAUAAAGUUUAUGAUUUAUAUCUUUGAUGAACCUCUAACUAAGUUAUUGCACUCAAUAGUAAAAUUACCUACCAAACACCUAAACAAAUAUAACAAGUUGCUUGCAUUUUUGGAUCCUGUUUAUAAAUAAUCAAAUUUUCCUCUCCAAUAGAUAUAAUGGUCAAGUAUUGUUACUUUGUUUUACCUUUAACAUUUUGGUGAGACUUUUAAGCAAUUAACUUACAAGCUGGACCUUUUCAACAAUUGAGUAACAAUAAAAGGUGCAUGAACAAGAUUAUUUGCCCCUUGAAUGGUUUGUGAGAAUUGUUUUUAUAUGUUAAAUGUUCUGGAUUGGUUUUAAUAAGAUUUUAGAUGUAUGUUUCACUGGCACUAGUUGUGUGAUGAUAGUGUAACCUUCUGAUUAGUUAAUUCUUUUUUUUAAAGAAAUUGAAAAAACACUUGUCAUUGUAAAUAUAAAUAAUGUUUUAUGACAUGUGAGUAGUUGCAAGUGACUGUGAGAACAACCUCUUGACUUAGUCUGAAUAUUCCUUUUGUAAUGGGCGUUUAGCUAAGUGGGUGGCUACAUUACCCAGAUGGACUGGUCUGAAUAUGGAAAAGGUUGCUACACACAGCACUUCACAACCACCUGGUACCUGAACUUUGGGUUCUAUCAGGCUCAAAGCCAAGUUAGGAUUCAGGGUCACGUAUUUGAUUGAGUCAACUAAUGCAGUUUCGCUCUCACUUUGAACCCACUGCAGACAUAACAAACUUCAUACCUCCAUCAAUUCAGUUACCUGUUACGAUAUCCUCCUGAUAAACACCACCAACUCUACCUUGUCAGUCUAACUACAAACAGCACCUUCUAUUAUGGCAGGAUAAGUGAUGAGAAUGGACAUUGUUUUAUCAUUGGUGUGAUUGAUCUGAAAUUGUGCUUCAGUUACGUUCACAGAUACCGGAGAGUAUCAGUAAUGGGUUCACUUAAAUGGUAUUCAUUGAUGAUGUUUGUUGAAUUGAAGCUCACAUUGCAUGUUGUUCAUUCCAUUUUGUAACUGUAGUGAACCCCUGCUGUCUGUUGGCAAGUGAGGCUAACUUAUAUAUAUCCCAGAGUUAUGAUCUUAGUAUUACCUGUACUGUAUAUGCACACUUUACUCAACCUCCCAAUUAAUUUGAGAAUUGUAAAGGAAUAAGCACUUUACUUCCUUCUGCAAAUGAGGCAGUUAUCAUGUUUCAAUAAAGCCAGAUGUCUCGGGAUGUUGUGUAAUGGGAGGGUUUGUGGCUGUACCUGAUACAAGCCAUUCAACCUGUGUUAUCAGCCAGCAAGAGGGUUCAUAUAUAACACAGUAUCAAUAUUUUACAAAACCUCUUCAAACAAUCCCUCAUCACUGGUGUAUGAAUUAAUGCAAAUUGGAGAGAUAUUUCUCAUACACUGUUUAGUCAAUUAAAUUCAUUCAGGUAUUUAGCAAACCAGGAAAAGAUGGUCUCAGAGGUUCCAUCUCUUUUAUGGCCUCUGUUCACAGCACAGUACAGUACUGUACUGUAUUUCAGUCAGAUCCGUUAUGGUUAGAAGCACAAACUCCUCUACUAAAGUCAUCACAGUAUUUCCAGGUAUUUUAACAUGGACAGGGAUAAUACCGUACUGUAUUGUGUGGUAAUAGGAAGUAGACAAGGUGAGUUUUAAUUUUUGUUUAGAAAGGUUACUUCCUUUAGGAUUUUUCACUUGGUCUUGACAAAUGAUCUCUUCCAUCCCAUUUCUACUUGGUUUAAGGUCUCACUUGCAAUUAUUGUACUGUACCGAUAAAUCACAAAUGAAGGAUUGUGGUACAAAAUCUGUUGAUCAAGGGAAGGGAACCCUCCCACCUUCCUCAGUGAGUUCAUAAAUCAACAACCCCUGAUUUAGAAAGAAGUAAGAUCUGUGUUAGGGCUGAAGUGAUUCGCACCAAGUGAGUUAGUGAAUUACAUUGAAGUUGUUUGACUUGGUAACUCUGAAUCAUUGCUGGACUUCAAGCCAACCACUAGUUCAUGGAAUUUAAUGAUCUGAUACCAAGUGGGCAAGAAGUACUGCUUAUUGCAACUUUUUCAUUAUCCUGGGUUGUGCGUCAGGGUAAUGUAAUCUGGUAUUUUAUUAAAAUAUCCUCUCUGAAGGGCUGGGAGGUGGAGUUUACUGGCAAUGUUCUCACUUCCUACCUCCUCCAAGCUAUAGAAUAACGUUUUGUACUUUAUUUUUAGAGUAUCAUAGUUGAAAGAUAUGAGACAUGUUUCUAAUAAUGUUAAGUGUCUGAAAAUAAUAUUAAUUUUAGUAAGAAAAAUAUUAUUUAGGUUUUGUGAUAGAUAUUAAUGAUGAGGACAAGGAUGUUGAUAUUAUUUGAACACUUUACCUAUUGUGCAUGAUGAUGCUUUCAUUAAUUAAUCAUGCAUGAGAAGUUUAGUAUUAUAUAUUGUGUUCAGUUAUGUAGACCUUUAUGAUAGAGUUUGUGAACAAAUAGGCUGUGCAUGAUAUACUUAAUAGAUUUAUGGAUUUAUAAAAUUUUUAGUAAACACUGUUCAGUACACUCCCACUUAUCUAGUCACUGCAUAUCCAAAAACCUCAGAGAACUGGGAUUUUUCUGAUUUGAGAUAAUUGGGGCAGGCAACUAGCUGCCAAUUUUACAUGUUAUUUAUAAAAUACAUUGUAGUCACAUCCAUCAUUUCUAAAGCUGCUACAUUCACAUUAUUUACUCCUGAAAGCUGCCUCUUGUAGCACCAUUGCUGCCCUGAGGUCCUGCUAUUUCUCACAUCUCCUGUCACUGUAUUCCUUAUUGAGUGAUUGUCCACAUGCUUCCUGAUCAAUUUAGCCAAGUGCAUUAUUUACUGCCAUGUUUUCUUGCAAGUACAGCAUUCUACUUUACCAUCCAUUAAAGUUCACUCUGAACCUAAGAAUAAGUGUUUAGUGCUGUCUGCAAUAAAAAAUGGUUGAUAAUUGGGAGUGUAUUGCAGAUUAUUUAAAGAUAACCGUAUUAAUAUAAUGUAGCAGUUUAUGGUUCAAGAAAAUGAUGGGUAAUCAAUCAAAACACUGCAUUAUGAUUUUUUUUCGUAUACGUACAUAUAUUAUUUUCCUAACAAAUUUUAUUAUAAAAUGAAGUUUCAUACUUUUAUAAAAUUCUGUUGGAUACAUUUUAAUUAUUCUAUUUUCUGGUCACGUAUUUUAAUAAUGUGUACACGAUCAAAAAAGUAUUUAUGCACAUUGGGUCCGAUGAUUUCCUAAAUGAUCAAUAUACCUAUGCUGCAACGUAACCACCAACAUGAACCACGCCAUACAUUGUUCGCAAGAUUAAUCUAUUUUCUUCUGAAUGUGCAUACAGUAUUAUAACAAUACUUACUAUGGAUAAAACAGGAAAUGUUGCUAGCAAGUGAGAAAUGACCUUUUGCAAUAUCCAUCAUCUGUGGUGUCAGAAUGUUUCACGUGAAAUUUGCAUCAAUACUGUAAAUGUUUAACUUCUAAACUUUAUGGCAAAACUAUGGCUUACAAAUGUGGACCGUUACUUUAUGGCUUAGCAUUGGAUUUCAGACCUGGCCCACAAGGUUUUCAAUCAAUAUUUUUAAUUCAGCUGCACAAGUGUAGGCAUAAAACUGGACCAAGGAAAAACUUUUAUGAAUCCUUUCUAUGUUUCAAACCCACACUAUCAUAGUUAAUGGCUAUCACAUUUAAAGAAGGCAGCAGGAAAUAAAAUUACCCACCUUACCAUUUACAAGUUGUUGACAAAACUCCCUAGUAUCAAACAUGCCAGGUUUUGGUAAGUCUCUCGAUACAGUAUUGUAAUAAGAUACUGUACCGGAUAAAUUGGAGUUUUCCCAUGUUUUUCAAUGAGAUGUGAACUGGGAAUAACUAUCAAAAUUUUAAAACCUGAUGAGGAUUAGGAUAUUGAGACUCCUAGCUAGGACCACUGUUCUGCUGAUCAGUAAAUACAGUAAUUAAGAUCUUGUUUGAGAUCUACCGUAUAUAUCAAAUACGCAGACUUCAGGAUAGUACUGGAUGAUUGUUCUGAUGGAUGCCUUCUUCCUUCCCCAGGUAUGCUGUGAUAGACAAGGAGUAACCCUCACUUUACAAUAGACAAUGAUUAGCCUUAACUUUACAGUAGACAAUGAUUAGCCUUAACUUUACAGCCAACUUUCAGUAAUUUAGCUGUGCAGCUCAUGAAGGCUGGUAUAAACUGUCAUUACUUCUUUUGAAGUAACAGCCAUAGCAUAUACUAGGGUAUUUAAGUAUGAUUUCAAACCAGCAAUACAUGGCAUCCACAUAUUAGUGAAGCUAUUUAGAUUUGCUUGUACUGUAGUUAGCUGAUAAGGACGGUAUCAUAGUUUGUAGUUGGUGAUAGGUAGUCAAAUGGAGCAAACCUUUAAUUGGAGCUCCUUAAUCAACAUCAUUUUGGUUAUAGAAGCUUCCAGUCACAUACAAUGUGUGUUUUCUCAUUUCCUCAGAGAAACACCUUUUUAUUUAGCUAAUAAUAUUUGAAGAAAUUGUACUUUGCGUGUUGUAUGAGUGCAUCAGUUUUGGAAAUGCAGGAUAUAACAAUAAUCCCCCCUCCCCCAAAUACUUAUUAAACUUACAUAGGCCAAGUAGAUCCAGAGCUUUCCUCUUCUCCUGUUGGUUAAUUGUGUGAGACUGGGGCAUUCCUAGUUCACCCAGCAGUGAAUGGACAUCUAACUUUGCAUCUAGGGAGCUGAAGGCAGUCAAAUGCAGUGACAGCCACUGUUUUGUUGUGUACCAAAAAAUAAAAAAUGGGCCUAAUUUACAGAAAACUGUAUCUGCAUUGCCCCAAAUGGGCAAUCAGGUUUAUGAGACCCUCUUUCAUACCAGACUUCAAGCAAUAUUAUAGGCUUUGGCAACAUUUCAUUAUCAUUUGGGCUUUUCAUGAAUGAGGUUACAUAAAUACCUUAUCUAUAAAAAAAAUGUACCGAUAAUGUUUUAUAAUUCACUGUUCAUUCUACAUAAUGUACAGUAUAUACAAUUGUUUCAACUAUUAGAUGUUCUUGGUAAGGUUAAAAUUAUGUUAAUAGUACACUUUCGACUAAUCAGUAUCCUACUGUCUUCUGUGGAAAGUCGUUAUAUGGUAUUGCCAACCAAAUACAGCAUGUAAUACAGUAUAUUCUAUACUGUGUGUGACAUAAAUAAAACAAACACCCACUCAGCAGUGAGAUACAGUCAUGGUGGAAUGUGGAUCUGCUAUUUUCAGAUGAUGCCUAGUGAACCAACAUAACUUAAUUUAUAUACAGUAUAGUACUAGGUGGUGGAGUGGUUAGUGUGCCAGCAUGCUAGUUUGUGUACUUGGAUUCUUGAUUUCAGAGUAUCCCACAACAAAACAUCCAGGCAUUCCACUGAGUUUUAGUACCAUGCCUCAGCUCAAAAUCAUGUUGUCAGGGACCUAAAUAGAACCCCACAUUUUCAUACAGCUUGUAUUAUAGUUCAGAUUUAUUAUAGUAUACAGUAUUUUUAAUACAUUUACAGGAUAAUUUUGCUAUUAUCAUAUAUAGUAUGUAGUUUAUAUAAUUGUGGUUUGUAUAGGUAUUUAUUAUAAUUUAUUUUUAUUUUUAAAGCAGGGUAAGUUUUAUACAAGUACAGUAGUAUAUAGUAUGCAUACACAUAAAGUUAAAUUGGUUAAUAUUUGUGUAGUCUUGCUUACCCUGACUCAGUGUUUUCCAAAAAUCACCCCUCUGGUCCCAACUUCGGUGAAUGAUAGAAAGUAAUAUACCAUGAAUUUCAUAUGCUAUAAACUGUAAUUGAAGUAAUGCCUAAAUUAUUUUUCUUUGGUCUUCACAAAUACUUUGUACCCUUGUUAAUUCGAAUUUCAGCUUAAUUCGUGUUUUUCAAAAAUUAAUUAAACAAUUUGAACUUGUAAUGUAUGGCACAAUGGAAUUUGUAAUGGUACGGUACUACCUGUAGUCACAUAGAACAGACUCCACACCUCUAUUCUGUUGCCAUGGACUCUUUCUGAAAUCCAGUACAACCAUAAAGAAUGAACUGAACUUGUGAAGUCCCAUAACAUGGCAUGGAGGAACAAAACAACCCAAACUCAUAAGCUAUACCUAGGUCCACCAUUCAAUUUGUUAUAUAUUUUAAGACAUUCAGAAUAUAGAAAGGAUUCGCAAUAAUUUUUCCCCUCAACCUGGUCUUAUGCUUACAGUAUAUACAGUACUGUGUACAGGGGUAGCCGAUUUAAACAUGGGGUGUUGUCAUUGAUGUGGUUUACUCAAGAACGUCAACACCUCUCUCGAUCUAGAUUGUUGACCUUAAGGCACCAUCUAGCAAAGCAGUUGACAGUUUUUUUUUUACUUGUGUUUAUAAAUUGGGACUUGACAAGUUCAGUCCAUAUUUCUUCUCCGAUAUAUUAUUGAUAAGACUCAAGUUUUAAUAUUUUAAGGUACUGUACAUUAGAAAGAAUGAUUCACAGUACAGUACUUAAAUUUGCAAUAACUAACAUUUAGGCUGUGGCACUGAUGAUCAAUAGCAAUGUCUAGUAUUACCAUAUAUUAUAUGACUGUAAAGAUAUCAAUAUAAUUAAUAGUCAGGAUUCAAUCCCCUGCUUUCUAUUGAUGUAUAAAGUAUUAUAAAAAAAUUUGCAAGUCAAUCAUUAUACAUCAGAAUUUUGUACAAGGUAAAUCAUUUGAGUUACUGCAUUGUAGGAAACAGUGACUAGGAUAUUAACCUUAUUAAACUAUGAUAAUCUUUGUACUUCAUGUAAUAGCUAUGUACUAGGCAUUAAAUUUCACUUUGUUCUA